CUUCUUCCUUUUCAGACUUGGGGACUGGAAAGCACGAGAACAAGACUUCAACCCCCCAGUUAAUGGUGUACAGCAAGUGCUGUGCAUCUGGUUUAAUCCAUAAUUAUUCUCUGCCUCCAUUGAACUUGCCUUUUCAACCUCCUUAAUUUCCCUGUAAAUACGUAAAGAUUACGUUAACUGACUAUUAAGGACAAUAAUUAUUACCAUUUUCAUUAAUUUACGUUAAAUGCUCUGACACUCCACAGUGUUUGUUUUCUCUUCCAUAGAUAUAUGAAGUACCAAGAUUUUGCGAAAAAUAUUUGUUGAAGAUUGUGUGUAUAUAUACAUAGAGAGAGAGAGAGAGAGAAUUCGUGGUUCAUGAAUGAUUAAUGGAAUUGUUUGGGGAGAAAUAAAAUAAAGAACAAGAAAUGCGUCGAGAGAUCUCAGUAUUGAUUCAACCGCGUUGCCUCUUGAUCUUCUUGGUCGCUUUAGUUCUGAUUUUUCUGGCUUCAUCCUACUUUCAACGGUAUAUCUCCCGACCAAGUGAUAUCAACGAUAGUUCGUAGAUUGGGGUUUUGGAUUAUGGAAGCAAAUGUGCAUAAAAUGAUUAACUUGAAUGAUAAAUUAUGACAUAUAGAAAGGAUGAAGCUAAUGUGGAAGAGGUUUAUGAAAUUACCCAUCGAGUGUUUUUGGAUGUUGACAUAGACAAACAACGUCUAGGAAGAAUCACCAUUGGUUUAUAUGGUCAAGUCGUACCAAAGACCGUGGAGAAUUUCAGGGCUUUGUGCACAGGGGAGAUGGGAAAGGAUGCUAAUGGAGUAGUUCUCCAUUACAAGGGAACACCGUUUCAUCGUAUUAUACCUGGAUUCAUGAUACAGGGUGGAGAUAUCGUCUAUAGAAACGGGAGAGGAAAUCAGUCUAUAUAUGGAGGCACCUUUCAUGAUGAGAAUUUCAAGCUGAAGCAUUCUCAUCCAGGUGUUGUUUCUAUGGUGAAUUCAGGCCCUGAUUCUAACGGUUCACAGUUUUUUAUUACCACGGUAAAGACCAGCUGGCUUGACGGUGAGCAUGUCGUUUUUGGUAAAGUCAUUGAUGGCAUGGAUACUGUGUAUGCCAUCGAGGGCGGAGCUGGAACCUACAGUGGAAAGCCUCGAAAAAAAGUAAUUAUUACUGAUUCUGGGGAGAUACCGAAGAGUAAGUGGGAUGAAGACAGUUGAGCUUCAUAACGACGAAGGCAGCAAAUUUUGGAGUAGAACUUGCUAAUGUGGCUUAGAAUUAUAUAUCUUCUGUAUCAUGUUCAUUAAAUUAUUUAUAGUAUCUAACAUUUAGCUAUUUAGCUUCUUGUUUGAGAAAACUGUAAUUUGUUCUUUUUGUUAAUUUGCAGAUAUAUGGUUGGCUAUUGUAGAGAGAAAUUCAAGCAAAUGAUAUAAGUUUUGAGUUUUGUUCA